AUGGCGUUCCUCAAUAAAUUGUUCGGGAAAUCAGAAAAAGCCGCGCCGGUCACCACAGGUGAGGCGAUUCAAAAGCUGAGAGAAACUGAAGAAAUGUUGAUAAAAAAGCAGGAUUUUCUUGAGAAAAAAAUCGACCUUGAGAUCGGUGCUGCGCGUAAAAAUGCUAAGACGAACAAGCGCGCAGCACUUCAGGCGCUCAAGCGCAAGAAACGUUACGAGAAACAACUUCAGCAAAUAGAUGGAACCCUCUCAACUAUAGAGAUGCAAAGGGAAGCUUUAGAAUCCGCGAACACGAAUACGGCGGUCUUGACAACAAUGAACGACGCUGCGAAAGCUUUGAAGAAAGCCAAUGCAGAUUUAGACGUGGAUAAGGUUCAUGAUAUGAUGGAUGAUAUUGCUGAACAACAAGAUGUAGCAAAGGAGAUUUCAGAAGCUAUUUCAAAUCCGGUUGCUUUCGGAGGGGAGUUUGAUGAGGAUGAGCUAGAAGCUGAACUUGAUGCACUAGGAGAUGAACUAGAACUUGAAGAGCAGGAGGAAUUAGACAAACAACUUCUAGAUGUAGGUCCAGCUGUACCUUCAGCUUUACCAGAGGUGCCUACAUCAGAGCCAAGAGCAGCUGCCAAGGCAAAGAAACCGGUUGAUGAAGAUCCAGAUAUGGCGGAGCUUGCUGCCUGGGCAUCCUAAACCGGGGCAUAUUCCACCGAGUGCUAGAAGACGACAAAUCCUAAAUUUCAUCGAGGAUUAUCCUCGCCAUUUUUUUCUCUUGUUAACCUCCUUUAUGUUCCAUUUAAUCAAAUAUUGGAUUAAUUUAUAAAUGUACUAAUAUAAUAUAAACUAAUUGUCUGGAAAGAUUUUUCAAGCAAAAUUUCCUUCACAAUUUUUAUACUCAAGCUUUAAAUAUCUUUCCAAGAUGCAACCAUAUAUAUAUAUUAUAUAAUGCUAGCUUCAGUAUGUUUCUGGUCCAC